GGCGCCAGCCAUCAUCAUUCGAUUGGAGUGUAAAAUUUUCUUUUCUCAUUCACUGGCCAAAACCAUUUCUCACGUUACAUAAAAUUUUAAGCACACUUUAACACGGAUUUCCGCACUAGUUUUCGGCCUUUUCAGUUGGAUUUGGACGGCGACUGGAUCGCCUGGAUCGAUUGAGGAUUGAGAUUGAGUGAGCAGGAUGUGCAAGUAUCUGAAAAUUGCAUGAUAAACGUGCUCGAUUCGCCAGGGCGCCAAGUAGUCGAAAUCAAUCAUCCAAAAUCUGAGACAAAAUUCAGCUUUAUUUCUAGAUUGUGGUUUUCUGUAGUGUAAUUCGUAGUCAAGCUAUUCGUGAGCCAUUGCGGAGGAGCUGGAACUCCAGGCCGCGCACAUCGAUUGCAGCACCAUAUCAAAUCCAUAGGCAAAAUCGAUAAGCCUCAGGUCGAACGCCUUUCGUGACACCAACGCGGCCGCCGCCAUCUGUCUCCACCCACCAUCCCACCACCACCACCACCAUCUGUGCUCUGCUCUGCUCUGUGUAAGCUCGUAGCCCAUCGCCAGCAUCCACCAUGUCAUUCAUAGCCAAAUUGAAAGCCACACCAUUGCCACCGCUGAAGAAUAUACUGAAUGUGGCCGUGCAAACGGCCCGACAGCAAAUUCCAGUGCGCAAGGAGUACGAACAGCCGCCCGGCAGCAGCCAACAGAGGCCCCAGCAGCCACACCAGAACUUGGGCAACGGCCAGGCCAUGGACACGGGCAUGGAUGGCGGCGACCAGACCACGGAGAUGAGCUCGAAUCCGUUCCGGAACACAGGCAACUGGUCGAACGACCAGGGCGAUGGCGAGGGCGAGGGCGACUACAAGAACGAGUACCAGAGCACAACCUUCAACGAGUACGAUGGCAGAUACCAGCAGACGGACGGCUUCAGGCAGGGAAGCAUCGCCUCAGAGGGCAGCUCGUUCGUCUGCGAGGGAGAAGGUGGCGGCGGCUGCAAGAUCGAUGAGUACCAGGCGGCAUGGAACGUGACCAAUGCCAUCCAAGGCAUGUUCAUCGUAUCGUUGCCCUUCGCCGUGCUGCAUGGCGGUUACUGGGCCAUCAUUGCCAUGGUGGGCAUUGCACACAUCUGCUGCUACACGGGAAAGGUGCUGGUGCAGUGCCUCUACGAGCCGGACCCCACCACCGGCCAGAUGGUGCGAGUGCGCGACAGCUACGUGGCCAUUGCCAAGGUAUGUUUCGGGGCCAAGCUGGGUGCCAGGCUAGUCAGCAUCGCCCAGCUGAUUGAGCUCCUGAUGACGUGCAUCCUCUAUGUGGUGGUCUGCGGUGACCUGCUGGCGGGCACCUAUCCGACGGGCUCGUUCGACUCGCGAUCGUGGAUGCUGUUCGUGGGCAUCUUCCUACUGCCAAUGGGAUUCCUCAAGUCCCUGAAGAUGGUCUCGACCCUGUCCUUUUGGUGCACCAUGUCCCACAUUGUGAUCAACGCGGUGAUUCUCGGCUACUGCCUGCUGCAGAUCGGCGACUGGGGCUGGUCCAAGGUCCGCUUCAGCAUCGACAUGGAGAACUUCCCCAUCUCGCUGGGCGUGAUCGUCUUCUCCUACACCUCCCAAAUUUUCCUGCCCACGCUCGAGGGCAACAUGACGGACCGUUCCAAGUUCAAUUGGAUGCUCGACUGGUCGCACAUCGCAGCGGCCGUGUUCAAGGCCGGGUUUGGGUACAUCUGCUUUCUGACCUUCCAGAACGACACGCAGCAGGUGAUUACCAACAACUUGCACUCGCAGGGCUUCAAGGGUAUGGUGAACUUCUUCCUGGUCAUCAAGGCCAUCCUCAGCUACCCCUUGCCCUACUACGCCGCCUGCGAGUUGCUCGAGCGGAACUUCUUCCGCGGUCCGCCGAAAACUAAGUUCCCAACCAUCUGGAAUCUCGACGGAGAGUUGAAGGUUUGGGGCCUGGGCUUCCGUGUGGCCAUCAUCGUGUCCACCAUUCUGAUGGCCAUCUUCAUUCCCCACUUCUCUAUACUGAUGGGCUUCAUUGGUAGCUUUACGGGCACCAUGCUCAGCUUCAUCUGGCCCUGCUAUUUCCACAUCAAGAUCAAGGGUCACCUGCUCGACCAGAAGGAAUUGGCCAAAGACUACCUCAUCAUUGCCCUGGGCGUGCUCUUCGGCGUCAUCGGCAUCUACGACUCGGGAAAUGCCAUGAUAAAUGCAUUCGAGAUCGGUCUUCCGUUCUAAGUUCUCCAUUUACCCCAAACCACCAAUCGAAUCAGAUCUCGGGUUAUUGGUCUCCCCCCUUUGGGCAUGGCAUGUCUUCCAGGUGCUACGGCAUCAUUUGGCUGUGCCCCAAGGUGUUCCAAAAUCCUCGAUCUGUUCAUCAAAAACACUCGAAACGAAAACAAAACAAUAAUAUUAGUCUAUAAGAAACGAAACGAAACGAAAUGAAAUGAAACGCAAGUCUUCCAAACAAGCGAACAAAUGUCUUCCAAACACGAAUAAUAAUGAUUUAUCAUGUACGAUAAAGUUUAGAAUAAGUGAAUCAUAUAUAUAUAUAUAUAUACAUACAUACGAAAAGAGAAAAAUAUUUAUUGUAUUAACGCGCAUUAUGAAUUAUAGAGAAAUUGAACAAAUUUAAACAAAUAAACUGCAUAUUGUGUACACUGUACACCACUAAACAGAUACGGAUCUAAAUGUAUGUAUGUUAUAGAUAGAAACAGAAGGAAACCAUUGUGCAGAUUUUUUUAACGUUUAAAUAUACAGUUACCUAUACAUACAUACCUUAGUACUUAAAAAACGACACUAGCAUCUUUUAAAACUCUCAAAUAAAGACGUCAUCUCUCCAGUUGAUCCAAAA